AUGCUUGAUGCCCGAGGCGAACGUCAUUGCCACUCCAGCGAAGAAGAUUCGAAAGGAUUUGAAGUAGUCAACAUCCUCAAAUACGCAUGUGUUUCCUUGCUCAUCUGGAACAAUCUGCGGGAUGAUUUUCGAUACUGGCAAAAUCUUGAAAGAGAGUAUUCGGCAGAGGUCGCUUCUGACAGGCAGCCUCCAUCUGAGUAUGAACGCGCAUUCGUGUGCUUUUGGGACAAUCUAGACCGCGCUAGUGAAUACUUGAGAAUGGAUAACUUAAGGCGAGAGAUUUUGUUCUCAAAAGCCUUACAAGAUAGCUUCGUUAAAGAUAUACUGCUUGAUUAUUCUGUUACCAUACGAGGGGAUAAAAAAGCCGGAGCCCAGGAUAAGAUCUUCUCCAUACUAUAUGAGUUAUCUCAGAACGAGGCUAUUCUCUAUUGCUCGCUACCGGAUCUAGUUGAUCAGCUCGAGCGUUAUCUGCUUGUAAACCCAAGUGAAAAGGACCGAAUCACGACUUUGGGGUCGUCAAUUUUAGCGGACAUUAGCAUUGUUGCUUCGAUAAGUCGAAAUUUAUAUCUUUAUCAACCUUGGGCAUCAACAGUGAACCAAAAACUUAAGGCCGAUGAUGGCACCAUAAAAGCCAUUACGGCCUCCAAAUGGAAACGCACGAUUGAUGUUUUUGACAACCUGGAUAACCAAGCCGUGGACGAGCUUACAAAACUUAUCGAAUCGCUCAACUGCUUUUACUACCCUGCAGAGCGACGCCGAAAUGCGGCGAAUAAUCACAGAAUGCAACAGGCUGAGGAGUUGCUUGAUAAGGUCUGGAAUCACCUUGACCAAGCGUAUCUUAAGGCUUCCGAAAAGACCACACUAUCUAGAGCCCUUCGAGAUCUUAUCACGAACAAAAGAAAGUUUAUUCGAACACCAGAAUGGGUCGAGAUGGCUCCCAAGGUCAAGAAGUCUGGCGAAAAACGCACUCCAAUUGGUGACGAUCUGCUUAGUUCUUUUGAACACGUGCAAAUUGACGAAGAAAAGAAGACCCUGUAUUUAGAAUUAGGCGAUUCAACAGUCAAAGCGAAGGUCAAGUCUAAGUCCAGGAAAGCUAGGCCAUCUCAAGAAUCUGCGACUUUGACUGAAGAAUUAACAGAGGCAGAAGAAGAUCGAGCAGGGCGAGAAAUCAUGAGAGUUAAUAAAAAGACAUACCGUGUUUUCACAGCAUUGUUCUACACAUCUUCAGAGAAAGAUCCACCCGGAGAAAUUUCGUGGCAAGAAUUCCUUCAAGCAAUGGCCGCAGGAGGGUUGAAUUCAGAAGCACUGUAUGGCAGUAUCUGGCAUUUUACUCCUCAAGAGGGGCAUGCUGAUAAACUGGAGAGAAGUAUUCAGUUUCAUCAACCUCAUCCUGGAAAGCUUAGUCUUAGGAAAGCUAGGUUUUUGGACGACGCCUUAAUCGAGCAUUUGGUUGGAAUAUUGACUUAUUCUAUUUAG